AUGUGGGUUUGGCUUCUAUGGACAUUAUCACUAUGUCAAUUUACAUUAGGAUUAACUAGCGAUCAAGUCUUCUCGGAUGAUUGGCAAACAACGAACAUAGGCAGACCAAUUGAUUUGAUAAACUUAAAUCAUGCACUGUAUACCCUUUCGUCUGAAGGUAUUAUAUCAAUCCUUGAUGCAAAUAACGGGGAAGUUUUAUAUAGGUAUUACAAUGAAAAUGGACGAAUUCUUGAAGAUUCCAAAAUUGUAAAGGGAAACACUGAUUAUAUAAUCUCUUACUUCAACUAUGGCCUUGACCAGGAUGGAUACUCUAAAGUUAUUCUAUGGGACACAAAACAGACAAGCUUGAGAGUGCAACGAGAGAUUCAAUUCCCGAAUAAAACAUUAGCUGUUGCCCAGUUUGAAGAUAUGGUCUAUGUAGCAACGGAGAACGGCAUACAUAAAUUUGAUUUAAAUCCCUUAAAUCCACCCCAAACUGUAUUCACAUCACCUGUGCUCCUUGAAGAAGCAAGCAUAUUUGUGAAUCCGGAAAAUAGGCAAGUAUUUGCUACUUGGGAAAUUCAAGGCAGUUUAUACUACUCUGAAUUGGAAUAUUUCGAAAGUAAGGUUUUUGUGGGAUGUAAACUAGCAGAACUUAGAUUCUACUAUUCAUCUUAUAGCAACUACUUUAUCUGCAACGGUCAAACCGUCUAUGAAUUUGAUAAUUAUGGUGCUGCGAAACUAAAAGAAGGGUCAAAUAUGGUAACAGAUACAUUAUCUUCCGACCUCUUAGUAAACGCUCAAAUUGAUGAUAUGAAAAUAAUUGAAGAUUACGUUGCAAUUAAGUCUAAUAAUACAUUGCGUUUAUUCAAUUACAGAGAGGCCACAUUAACCCCAGUGGUUGAAUUCGAACUACCUUCCAGUAUUGACGACUCAAUUUCUCACAAUUUUGCAGUUGGAGACUCAACAGUCUAUUUGAUUACCUUCUCUAAACACCACCGUGUUGAUUGUUAUGUCAACGGAACUCUACAAUGGUCUAAGGAUGAGUCAUUAGCUGAAGUGAAAGAUAUAGUUGUUAUAGAUCAGGAUAUCGAUCGAUUUGAAAUAAAAAAAUAUAUGGUUGUACUUUCAGCUGCCAAAACUAUCGGCGUCUUUCAUUUACACAGAUGCUCUGGCCAACAACUACUCAAUAUAUUCGAAGUUGACGUUGAUUUUGAUCGAUUGCAUAAUGUUAACAAUACAGUACAAGGUCAAUUAGGCUCAAGGGAAUUUUCAGUGGAUUUUUUGAAUGGAAAAGUUUUUGAACUACAUGAUAAUCAACCAAAGGAAAUAUCGAGUGAGCCAUCCUUUUCUGCAGGCUUGGACUUACCUUACAAUAGAGUGGAAGGGUAUAAGAAUGGAGUUAGUACAUGGCGUUUCCAGCCUGACUUUGAGAGAGUGACGGGGUUAUUAAAACGUAGUUAUGAUAAUGAGCAUGUUGCAUCCAAUGGUAUUGUUCUCCAUGAUCGGAGUGUUUUGUACAAGUAUCUUCUUCCAAAUACAGGUGUUAUCACGACAUUCAAUGAGGAUAAAAAUAUUGUUGGAAUUUAUUUGAUUAACCUAAUAACCGGACAAUUGUAUGGUAAGUUUUACAGAAGUGUUUACACUCAGUUCGAUCCAGAGUUAGAUUUCAGCAUAGUAUACGAAGAGAACUUUAUUAUAUUUUCAGUAGUUAAAGGUGAAAAUUCUGAAGUUUGCGUUAUUGAUCUGUUUGAAUCUCUAAAGCCAAAUUUCAGUCUGACAAAAAAAUUGCAGGUAUUUUCUAGUAUUCAAGAUGCAUUUGCACCUGCCUUUGCAACCCAAUGCUUUACUGUAUUAAAUCAACAAAUUAAUCAAAUGGCUAUUUUUAAUACUAAGUAUAACAUUGCUACGAAGGAAAUAGUAUGUAGUACAAGAUUUGGCCAAAUAUUUUCGAUUCCAAAGAUGGUAUUGGAUGCACGUAGGAAUGGCUUUAUUGGUGAUUUGAAAAAGGGUAACAACAGGGAUAUUUCCUAUGAGGAUAAGAAGUUGCCACGAAUAAGUAUGAGCAAAUAUGCAGCAUCAAUUCUGAGCAAGUUUACUUAUGAUCCACUUAUACAUAUACAUCCAAGAUUCAUCCUUUCUCAUCACAGGAAGCUCAUAAGUGGGCAUCACAAACCUUAUCUUAAUGUUGUGCCUACUGAGCUUGAAUCAACUGCUUAUGUUGUUUACCAGGGCGUGGAUACUUUUGUCACCAUAUUGAGACCGUCUGGGUCAUUUGAUAGAUUAACUAGUUCCUUCAAUUUUAAGAUUGUUAUUGGAACUAUUAUAUUGCUAAUUUUGAUUAUUGCAUACAUCCACCCGAAGACAGAAAGGAUGAAAUUAUUGGGUCUUUGGAAUCUAUAG